AUGGAACGUUGGCCUGUAUUACUUCGCUGCCUCCUGCCAGACUUCACCUGGCCGGACAAUAAUAACGCGCGGCCACUCAUGAAGACACAAAUCCCACCCACGCCUCGACCAACACCGCCCCGACUACGCCGACUGUGGGGGUUUCUCCAUACGUACUUGCGACGGUUUUCUCAGACGUACUGCGGCUGGGCUGGGAUUGCCUAUGAUAAUCAAAUCGCUCAGCUUCCGUUUGGACUGAUCCUGAAAUGGUCUGACGGAACUCGGCUAGAAGAAGUUCUGGCCAUGCAAGUCGCCCGAAGAGCUGGCUUUCCGGUUCCACGAGUUAUCUGUUAUGGAGAACAUCCUGAUACACCACAUGCGCCCGUCUCGAUCCUUAUGACUCGGGUGCCUGGCCAAGAGCUAGGCCAAGUAUACGAGACACUGAGCAACGAGGAUCAAAAGUCGGUUUUACAAGAGCUGAAAGUCUAUCUGGAUGUGAUGCGUGGAUGGCCACAUCCCUGGGGCGGAGAUAGGAUAUGCUCUCUGCUGGGCACUGCGGUGAGGAGCGUUCGCGUUCCGAACCACUAUGCUGGCCCAUUUGAAGGCGAGGAAGAGUUCAACGAUUAUCUCAUCGAGCCUUCUUGGUCGGGCGGAUUUCCAUCCGAGACAGCAUAUCAAGACGCUUUGCAGCUGGCUCGAGGCAUGAGGAAGCUGUCACAUCCAAUCGUGUUUACUCAUGGAGAUCUAAAACCUCAUAAUAUCAUGGUAAAAGGGGGACGGAUCACAGGCUUCCUAGACUGGGAGUCAGCAGGAUGGUACCCUGACUACUGGGACUUCACCACAGCACUGAGAUUCACACUAGAGGAUUUCUGGUGGUACAGUUUCAUGCUUGAACUCGGCGGCGACAUGUACUUGACAGAGUUGAAGUUCGAUCGUGCAUUGAAUUCAUUAACAUGCGAUUCUUAUUGUUGGUGA